AUGGAAAAGGCUAUCGUUUUAACAACUGUGCUGUUGGUUAGUUUCUGUCCAUACGAAACUGAGCAAUUCGAAGCCAAUCGCUUUGGUACUAAAACAGCUUAUCAAUUCAAUUCCUCGGUUGUGAAUUCCUCGCCGAUGACGCCUAAAAAUUGUUAUCCAGUUCAUCUAAACAUGUUAAUACGUCACGGCUCAAGAUAUCCAAGUGAUGGAGACAGAGAAGACAUCGACGAACUUCUAACUAAACUGAACGAGACUUACACUUCGAGUUCUCCUUUCCAGUAUCAAAACCUGACGAUACCUUGGAGAAAACCGCCUGAUUGGAGUAACGCUGAACCAAGCGAGUUAUCCGUGACGGGAGAAAAUGAGCAAUACAACAUCGCGAAAAGAUUUCGCUCUCGUUUUAUGCAAGUCUUUGUCAAAGAGUAUUGGAACAGGUAUUAUAAAUUCGUUUCAUCAGACAAGCUUCGAACCGCCCAAAGUGCCAUGUCAUUCGCCUAUGGACUCUUUGAGGGCCAAGGACCUGUGGGCUCGUCAAAAUUUCAACCCGUUGCUAUCUCCUUUACCGGCCGCGAAAACAACGACAAAUUGCUUUCAUCUGACGAUUCUUGUCCAAGAUAUGAAGUUGAUGUCAAAGAAUAUGGAGUGACCGAGGUGGAAAAUUUCAUGAAAGGUCCUGAGAUCCAAAACGUGAUGAGGCGACUUGAACAAAAGCUUCAGUUAUCGGGGAGGUUGUCUCUAACCUUCGACAUGGUGGAGAAGAUAUACAGGCUUUGUGCAUUUGGGAUCAUGAAUCGUGGGGAUAAUACCUGGUGUGCUUUGCUUGACGAUGAAGACGUAAGAAUAUUGGAGUAUCAAGGAGAUCUGGAAGCUUAUUACGAGCAUUCCUAUGGAAAUGAGUUGAGUUAUAAGAUACUUUGCCCUCUUCUAUCAGAAAUGACAAAACAACUGCAAGAUUUCUCCAAGGGGAAAAGUGAUGUUCAUGGUGUGUUCAGAUUUGCUUCUUCGGGCUCCUUAAUACCGCUUCUUACAAUCUUUGGCCUCUACAAAGAUUCUCUGCCUUUACGAGCGGACAACUACCUCCAGCAAAGCCAACGACAAUUCCGGAUUUCAAAUAUGGUGACGAUGUCGGCCAAUAUUGCCCUUGUGUUGUACGAGUGUAACUCAACAGAAAACGAGGUAAAACGCGAGCACAAGGUACAACUGUUGGUGAAUGAGAUGGCAGUUGGUCUUCCCUGUUGCCAUGGAAACACGACCUGUACCCUUGACAGGUUUGUGUCUUGUUUUGAGGAAACUGUGAAGAGCUGUGAUUUUGACGCCAUGUGUUCCUUGCCCCCUUCUGGAAAGCCAAAGGCCUUAGCUCCGAUAUUUUAUAAUCGUUUGGACCUGAUGUUAUUAGCAUUAGUAAUGCCCCUUGUUUUUGAGAACAUGAUACCUUAA